UUCUCCUCCUCACAAACCGCUCCUGGCCCGAGGCCUCGCUUCCCGUCGGAUCGAACAGCUAGGGUUUCGUUUCUUCGCGCGGCGGCGAAGGAGGUUUAGGGGGCGAGAAGAUGUUCGGGCGCGCGCCGAAGAAGAGCGACAACACGCGGUACUACGAGAUCCUAGGGGUGCCAAAGGACGCGUCGCAGGAUGACCUCAAGAAGGCCUACCGCAAGGCCGCCAUCAAGAACCACCCCGACAAGGGCGGCGACCCCGAGAAGUUCAAGGAGCUAGCUCAGGCUUAUGAGGUACUCAGUGACCCUGAAAAACGAGAGAUCUAUGAUCAGUAUGGUGAGGAUGCCCUCAAGGAAGGGAUGGGAGGUGGAGGAGGGAUGCACGAUCCAUUUGACAUCUUCCAAUCGUUCUUUGGUGGUGGUAGCCCCUUUGGAGGUGGUGGGAGCAGUAGGGGCAGGAGGCAGCGUAGGGGAGAGGAUGUGGUUCACCCCCUGAAGGUUUCUCUGGAGGAAUUGUACAAUGGUGUGUCAAAGAAGCUCUCUCUGUCCCGCAAUGUGCUCUGCUUCAAGUGCAAUGGCAAGGGCUCAAAGUCAGGAGCUUCAGCGAGGUGUGCAGGUUGCCAAGGAUCUGGUUUUAAGGUCCAAAUCCGGCAGUUGGGACCAGGAAUGAUUCAGCAAAUGCAGCAUCCUUGCAAUGAGUGCAAGGGAACUGGGGAGACUAUCAAUGAUAAGGAUAGAUGCCCACAAUGCAAGGGCAACAAGGUUGUGCAGGAGAAGAAGGUUCUUGAGGUGGUGGUUGAGAAGGGUAUGCAGAAUGGGCAGAAGAUCACCUUCCCUGGCGAGGCUGAUGAAGCGCCUGAUACUGUCACCGGAGACAUCAUCUUCGUCCUCCAGCAGAAGGAACAUCCCAAGUUCAAGAGAAAGGGCGACGACCUCUUCUUCGAGCACACCCUGACCCUCGCCGAGUCCCUGUGCGGCUUCCAGUUUGUUCUGACUCACUUGGAUAACAGGCAGCUCCUCAUCAAAUCAAAGCCCGGUGAAGUUGUCAAGCCUGAUUCGUUCAAGGCGGUCAACGAUGAGGGCAUGCCCAUGUACCAGAGGCCUUUCAUGAAGGGCAAGCUGUACAUCCACUUCUCGGUGGAGUUCCCGGACUCGCUUAACCUGGAGCAGUGCAAGGCCCUGGAAGCCGUCCUGCCGCCUAAGCCGGUGUUGCAGUACACGGACAUGGAGCUGGACGAGUGCGAGGAGACCAUGCCGUAUGACGUCAACAUCGAGGACGAGAUGAGGCGGCGGCAGCAGCAGCACCAGGAGGCCUACGACGAGGACGAGGACAUGCCCGGCGGCGCGCAGAGGGUGCAGUGCGCCCAGCAGUAGGGGGCCGGGCGGCGCUGUAGUAAGAUUUGAUGGCGGCAAAUUGUUCUCAGCGUGCGAUUGCUCUUGGAAUCCCAAGUUUUCCCGCGCGUAUCAUGUGAUAAUACCUUCGGUGAUCAAAUACAAUAUUUAGUUCUUGCA